CCGGCCUCCGCCUCUGCUGCUGCUGCUCUCCCUUCCCCCCUCGCGCCUCCGUCCCCCUCCCUUCUCUCCUCCCCCUCCCCUUCUCUCCUCCUCCUCCUGCUCCCCCCCUCCGCCGCCGCCGCCUGGGCUGAAUCUUAUUGAUCCAGAAGGUGGCUAAUUAGCCCUUCCCGUCGUGCCUGGGUAAUGAGGCACAUGCGCACUGCACUAAUCAGCCAUUUUUUGCAGGAAACUAAUUAGCAGAAUAAAGAUCCAAAGAGUUUUUUUCGCCCCAAUCAGCAGAUCUGAGCGCCGCCGCCGCUCCCUGCUCCCUGCUCCGGCCGCCCCGCCAGCCCGGACGCCCCCCGGCCCCGCCGCCGCCGCCGCGACCACCACCACCACCACCACCACCAUGCCGCCGCUGCUGCCCCUGAGCAGCGGCGGCGGCGGCAGCAGCAGCAGCAGCAGCGGCGCAAGUGGAAGCGGCUCCCGCCCGGCCCCAGCCCCGGACGCCGCCGCCGCCGCCGCUCCCGCUCCGGCCGCCUCCCUCGCCUCGUCCCGCCGCCGCCACCGCCGCCGCCGCCGCCAGCAGCCUUCCCAGCUCCCCGGCGGAGCGCGCCGCUCCCGCAGCCUUCAUGGGAGCUGCAGCCCCGCUGCUGCCGCCGCCGCCGCCGCCGCCGCCUCCCGGGAUUAGCCGCCUGGCCGGAGGAGGAGGAGGAGGAGGAGGGGAAGAGGAAGAAGACGACGAGGAGGACGCCAACGCCGCCGCCAGCCAGCCGCAAGGAAAUUCCUGGUGACCGUCCUGCACCAUGGGCAGCAGUUCAGAAGCGCCGGGCUGUGUUGCCAGCAUCGUUAUUUGGUGGAACGUGGUUUUAGUGUGAUCAUCCAACUUCACUCCAAGCAAAGAAAUUGACUUCAGAUUAUUGAAUGUGUCAAUUUGAGACUCGUGCUGAAUGACUUUCAAAGAAACAUUGACAAACUGGUGUCACUUCAUGGAGCAUCACAUUAAAUGAAGUAGUUACUAAAUAUGACAUCUGCGAUUCUUGCUGAAUGACUAUCAGACUUUGAAACGCUGGUAUUACUGGAUCAAGUUCAUCAAUUUUGUUGACUAAAUUAAGCUAAUUUUUAGUUGGAUUUUUGAAUAAAUACACAAUUGUUACUGUUU